UUCCUUUCCUUUCUACACAUACAUUCCUUCAAUCCCACACACCACCUUUAGUUUGCGCAUUUGAUAAACUAAUUUCUAUAUUAGUUAAAGAAAUUAUUUAAUACAACAUGAUCUGGAAGCCUUUAGUUUUGGGUUUCGCCGUGUUGUUUUCCUUGGCCAAUGCUGCACCUUCCCACUCCAAGGCAGAGCAUUAUAUUGUCAAGGUCAAUGAUAAUGUAGUUCUUCAGGACUUCAUGCCACGCCUUCUUGCUGCUGCCCUUGACGCUGUAGACGAUCUUGUGAAGAAAGAAGAAUCUCGCCAUCACCGUCGUUGUCUCGAAAAGCAUGCUGAGAUCGUCAAGACCUUUGAAAUGGGUAGCUUCAAGGCUUUCUCAAUUGAAGUUUUGGAUCGUCGUGUGAUCGACGCUCUCACCAACAAGUUCCCAGAAAUCCAAAUGAUCGUCCCAGAUGAGCUUAUUCAGUACGAUAUUCUGGAUGUACCCAACCACAAGGAUAGUGAUUUGCAAAAGCGCUAUCGCAUUCGUUACCCUCGUCCCAAUUAUCCCAGACAGUCUACUGAUGACACAGACGAAGAUCAUGAAGACAACCACGAAGAAUAUCAUCGUGCAAACCCUAGACUCAAUCGUCGUUGCCACAAACCUGCUAAAACCGUCGCUUCCACAAACACAACCAGUGAUUCGCUUGUUCUCAGCCAGAAAAACUCUCUUUGGAAUCUUGCCCGCUUGUCUGUCCGCGAUCGUAACCUCAAUGCCGUUUAUGAAUACGAGAAAAAUGCUGGGUACUUUACCUUUAUUCGAUUCUUUAGAAAGUCUUUACUUACUGGCGUAACUGUUUAUGUCGUCGAUGAUGGUCUUUUGAUUACCCACAAAGAUUUUGGUGGUCGUGCUAAAUGGGGUUGGUCGCCAACAUCCACAUAUGGCAAAGAAGGCGGUGGCCAUGGUACCCACGUAGCAGGAAUUAUCGGAGGUACUCAAUAUGGUGUUGCCAAGAACGUUAGUUUGACUGCCGUACAGGUCUUAAACCGCUUCGGCCAGGGAACUGUCUCUACCAUGCUUAGUGGUAUCGAAUUUGUUAUCAAGGACGCCAAGAAACAUAAGGGACGUGCCCUGGUCAACAUGUCACUUGGUAUGCCCACUGGCUCAAAUAUUGCCACCUUGAUCGAUGAAGCUGUUGGUACUCUUAUCAAGAACAAUAUUCCUGUGGUCGCUGCUGCUGGAAACACACCUGUUGAUGCUUGCAACACUGUUCCAGCUGGUACCGAUAAUGUCUUUACUGUCAGUUCUAUUGACAACAAUGACACUAUGGAUCCAUACAGUGCAUACGGAAAAUGUGUCGAUGUCCUUGCUCCUGGUAUUUCGAUCAGAAGUACUUGGAUUGGAUCCAGCAACAGCGAGACUGCAUUAAUGUCCGGUACUUCAAUGGCCUCUCCCCAUGCUGCUGGCGUCGCUGCUUUGUUGAUGACUCAGUUAGGUAGCAACCCUACACCUGCUCAAGUAUAUGCUGCUCUGAAGGCUGAUGCUACCCUUGGCAAAGUCAAGGAUCUCAAACCCAAGACACCUAAUGCUAUUGUUCACCACACUGUCUAAAAAAACCCCUUACUGCCAUUCUUAUUUAUUUGCUUGACUUUUGUUAGCCUCAAGUCUUUAUUUUUUUCUACGUCAAUAAAGCAAAACCUCGUUAAUUUAACCAU